AUUUUCGUGGCGUGUCCUGUCGAAGCCACCGGUAGCUGAAGAGGUGGCAGCUGACGUGCACCGAUUUUUAUCGCAUAUAAAAGAUGGUCCCACCGGGGUUGAAGGAUCACACACCAAGCAAGCUUCGAGCAGUACACAUCCACGCCUUCGCAAAGCUCAACCACACCAACCUUUUCAAGAUGUUCACCAAACUGAUCUGCAUCGCCGCCCUGGCCAUCUCGUGCGCCUCGGCCAAGCCAGGAUUGGUGGCUCCGGUUGCGUACGCUGCUGCACCGACUGUUCUCUCGGCAGGACCUGCCGUCGUUACGGCUCAGAGCUCGCAGGUCGUCGCUCGUAACUACAACGGAAUCGCACCGCUUGCGUAUACCGCCCCAGCCGUCGCUUAUGCUGCUCCAGCCGUCGCCAAGGUGGCCGCUCCAUUGGCUUAUGCUGCACCGGCUCCAUUUGCUGCCGCCCCGUAUGCCGCUUAUGCUGCUGCGCCGUAUGCCGCCGCUGCACCGUAUGUUGCAGCCGGUCUGCCGACUCCUUAUGCUGCCGGUUUUGCGGCUCCUUAUGCUGCGGGCUUUGCCGCUCCUUAUGCUGCACCGUAUGCUAAGGCUUUCGCUAGCCCGCUGCUCGCUCGCGCGCCUUACCAGCUGUGGUAA